AUGGCAGCUCUCACCACUACUCAAACGCGCUCACACGCCGGUCACUCUCACCAUCAUCACCAUCAUGAUAAUACAUACCUUACCUCGACGAAUAAGAACGAUGCCGGUGUGCGGAUUACUCGAAUUGGCCUUUACUCGAACUUGGGUAUGGCCUUAGCCAAAGGGGUAGGGGGAUACAUGUUCAAUUCUCAAGCUAUGUUGGCAGAUGCAUGGCAUAGUGUCACUGAUCUUGCUAGUGACGUCCUCACAUUGGCGACAGUGUCCUGGAGUCUCAAACCUCCGACGGAACUCUUUCCAACAGGCUUUGGAAAGGUCGAGAGCUUAGGGUCCUUGGGUGUCAGUGGCAUGCUUCUUUUUGGAGGGAUGUUCAUGUGCUUGAACAGCUCAGAGAUUCUCUAUGCGCAUUUCUUCUUGGAUGCUCAUGCGGCCGCGGAAGCAGCCGCACAUGCACAUGGCCACAGUCAUAGCCACGGGCCAUUGCUCCCCAGUUUACAUGCUGCUUGGUUAGCUGCUGGUACAAUCAUCAUCAAAGAAUAUUUAUAUCAAGCAACGAUGAAAGUCGCACGAGAUAGGAAGAGCACGGUUCUAGCAAGUAAUGCGGUUCACCACAGAGUCGACUCCCUGACUGGUAUCGUUACCCUUUUCGCGAUUCUCGGAGCAAAUUUUCUACACUCGGCAGCUUGGUUAGAUCCUGUUGGAGGAUUUCUCAUAUCACUACUCGUUAUCAAGGCUGGAUGGGGCAAUACUAUAUCAGCGCUAUACGAAUUGGCAGAUAGAGGGAUUGAUCCUGAGAUUAAAGAGUCCGUCACGAAGGCAGUGAAGAAGAGUCUCGUCGAUUUAGCAGAAGGAUCAGAAGUGGAGUUACGGGAAGUUGAGGGUAUCAAGUCCGGACAGAACUACCUGAUAGAGCUCCAACUUGCUGUGCCCAAAGCAUGGACAGUUGAAGAUGUUAGAGAAGUUGAAGACAGUGUCAGACAAAUGGUUGGCUCCAAGGUCCGAGGUGUUCGACGAGUUAAAGUACGUUUCGUACCAAAGGAUGAAACUAAACCUUCCCUUUUCGACGAGUUCAUCCCUGGAAAUGUGAGUCCACGAGAAAGUCCCGAACCUGAAUUUAACGAUCACGACCACGAUCACCACAAUGGACACGCCCAUAGCCAUGACAAUAAGAAAACCUUAUAG